GAAAUCAACACCACCGUACCACGACCAGUGUAACCCGUACCGAUCUCGAGAGUGGAUACUAUACUCCUCAUCCCGCGAGCGUGCGUGAAAUCCACUGCGUUUUAAAUAAUCGGUUUGAGAAACAACAGUAACAAACAAUAUACGAACGGUCCAUGGCCAUGGAUAGUGCAGGAUCCGCUCGCUAUUUGUUGGCAGUGGCGAUUAUAGCCAUGGCAAUCUCGCUUGGCUGUGCGGCCUCCAUAUUCGGCCUGUCCUUAUCCGGUCAACGCAACACCGACGACUCCGCUCCUACGUCGCUACUGUCCAAGUUACCGUUACCGUUACCGAAAAUUACGACGUUCUUCAAUACCGAGAAAGACCAGUCGCCGCAGACUUCUCCGGACAACAAACAGCAAGAUUCGCAGCAACCACCUCAGCAACAGCUACAACAGAGUACGCCAAAACCGACUGUGGUCGAACAACCGGAUGGAAAAGAUCCUUACCAGUCGUUGGCAAACGCAUCUGUGACGACUUCGCCGAGACCGAAGCUGGAGACGACAACCCACGAUCGGACCGUCAUCGAGGUUCCGCUGAAAGAUUGCGGUGUGGGUAAAAGGAUUAACAAACGCCGAGAAUGUGUUGACCAAAAUACCGACCCCGAAGCCAAAUAGUCGAUCGGCCGAACUAUACCACUAUUGUAGUGAAUGCACUAUACAUCGAUUCUGAAAAUACUUGUACGCAAUUUAUUUUACAGACAUUUUGUUUUUACCCCUCUUGAUUGCAUGUAUAAUAUACAUAAUAGUAUCUUGUAUAAUGUUAUAUGUAUAUUCAGUGUAACGCACGUUUUUUUUCCAGUUCGAAAACCUUUACGUGUGACGAAAUAUGAAUAAACGAAAUAAAAAAAUUAGUCACUAAAA